CUCUUGUUUGCAUUUUGAUAGUAACUUUACAGGCUAAGAUUUGAGAGAUCUAUAUACUUAGUUAGAACAUAGAGACCCUAGAUAAAUUUAGAAGAUUUUGUGUUUACUGCAUGUUUUCUUCUUCAUCUAUUGGAAUAUAUAAUCAUUGUGACAGUUUUCACACCUUGUUUUUUAGCAGAGAGUGUCUCCAUGUAUUGGAAUUUUCGCUGUAACAGUGGCAAAUAAGUAAAAGUUCAUAGUAAAGUGAAAGGAGUUUAAACUAAUUUAGUUUAACUAUAUAUGUAUUAUAGGUAAAGUAAUAUACAGAAGAUAUAUAAGUCUUUAGUGGGGGAACUGAUUCCUGCAUAGAAUUUUGUUUGUGAAAAGGAUUAAUCCAAGAGCAGCUAGGGGGAAGGAUUUAAUCCAUUGAGCUCUGACAUAGUGUUUGGAAAUCUUUUCUUGGGUUAUACACACAUACUGAUUUUUAUAGUUUGAAAAGGAAUAUUGAAGAAAGUGACAAUUAAACUUUUUUCCCCCAAAUGAUGUGCUAAAUCUAUACAGAGUUGUUGGAUUUUUCUAGCUGGGAUAAAAACAGAAUUAAAAGUUUGACCUAAUUAGUAACAAAGAUGGUGCCCGGGUUAUGCACGCGUAGCACCUGCAUUGUGUACAUGCUGCUGUUCCUGGUGUUAGAUGUCUUCCAAGUAUACAGUUUCCAACACAGUUGGACCCCAAACAGCAUUGUCACCCUUGAAGAAUUGGUAAAGAAUGAAGGGUACCAAUUGUUUGAAGGUGACAGGGAACAUGUUGACUACUUUAAAGCACUUCUAAAUGAUGGUGAUCAUUUACUUGUUGGUGGCAGGAAUAAUAUGUACAACAUCAGUAUGUUAACUUUAAAAGCAGAUUAUAACAGAAAAAUAGUAUGGAAGCCUAUCAGUGGUGAUCAAACAGACUGCAAGAAUCAGGUGGAUGAAGCUUAUAAAAGCAAAUGUCAGAACUAUAUUCAAGUACUGGGCAAGAUGGAUGAUGGCAAGUUGUUUGUCUGUGGUACAAACGCUUUAAAACCAACAUGCAAAACCUAUGAGUAUAAAGAAGAAAACCUUCCUGAAAAGUCUACAGAGAUGCAAGUUGCUGAAUAUUAUUCUGACAGUGAGGAGCAGGGACGUGGGAAGGCUCCAUUUGAUCCGGAACAUAACAGUACAGCUAUAUACACUGGAGGAAAGUUGUACUCGGCAACAGUAUCAGAUUCGCAAGCACGUGAUCCCCUUAUCUUGAUGAGCGACCACGAGAUUGUUGGACUGAGAACCAAACAACAUCAGUCUAACAUGCUUAGCAAUCCUCAUUUUGUUAGUGCAUUUGAUGUAGAUGAUAAGGUGUACUUCUUAUUUAGAGAAAAUGCUGUUGAAAACAUAAAUUGUGGAAAGGCUACAUUUUCACGAAUUGCACGAAUCUGCAAAAAUGACAAAGGUGAUAAAUUUAAUGAAGGAGUGUGGACAUCAUUCUUCAAGGCUCGUUUGAACUGCUCUGUUCCUGGUGAUAUCCCUUUCCCAUUUGAUGAACUCCAGGCGGCGUCAGACUUUAACAGUGGUAACUUCAUGCCAACAGAGAGCAACGAAAACCGUACCAAAAUGUUCUAUGGUGUAUUUAACACCCCUGAUAACAGCAUAGAAGGUUCUGCAGUCUGUGCAUUUACUUACGAUGCUGUUAAAAACGCGUUCCAUGGAAAGUUCAAAGGUCAGGAAACAGCAACAUCAAACUGGUUGAGUAUUCCACUGGAUAAAGCCGUGUCACCACACCCUGCAACUACGUGCAACAGUGACAGCCAGUCACUCCCAGACAAGAACAUGAGAUUUAUUUUAGAACAUCCUCUCAUGGACACUGCGGUCGGUGCAAUGGGCGGAGCUCCUGUCUUUAUGCAGACAAUGGCAAAAGGAAGAUUUACAGCUAUUGCAGUUGAUUGGCAACUGUAUGCAGCUGAUCGAGGCUACUAUGAUAUUCUUUUUGUUGGAACAUCUGAUGGUCGAGUAUUGAAGGCAGUGAAUAAAGGCUUUGAUGGACCAGUAGAAACGGUUGUUAUAGAGGACAUUCAAGUCCUUCGUACCGAUGAGCCAGUUAAAGAGUUGAAGAUCUAUCGUCAAGGAACCAUUGAAAAACUUAUUGUUAUCUCAAAAGAAAAUAUCAAGUCCAUUCCAUUACACAGAUGUUCAGAACAUAAAACAUGCAGUUCCUGUGUGGCUCUCCAGGACCCAUACUGUGCUUGGAUAAAUGAUGAGUGUAAUGUUGGUGCUAGAGGGUUGAUUGAUAUCAGAAGUGGUGACACAUCUAAAUGUCCAUUUAAUGCAGAAGAAGACGAGACACCAGUUAUAGAAGUAGUGACAACUACGGUGGCGCCUGUACUGACACCCUGUCCUGUUGUUACAUGUAAUUGCUCUCAGUAUAACACAGACAUUUUGACAAAUUCUUCUGAUAAAAAAAUCAAUGGAGCAUUACAACCCGUCCCUGACCUCGAGGGCAACGCAAAUGUGGCUCAGUCAAGGGCAGAACCUUGUGAAACAAAAUACAUUCCAAUAAGAACAGACGAUCAAGUUUACACAGCAUCUACGUUGGCGAUCGCCAGUGUUGUUUCAAUUGUUGUUGCCGCUCUUAUUGGCUUUGUUAUUGGUUAUAGAGUCAGCAUGUGUCGAAAUCAUACAAGAAACACAGAACAAAUGAUAAGUUUUGAACAAAACUUUGGAUCAUUACGGAAGAAUCCCAACAGACAUUCGAUCAACGAAGCCACGCAUAAUUAUUACUCGGAUCCAGCUUCAACAAAACCAUUUAUUAAUAAAAACAAUCUGACAAAUAAUGUGAUUGUAGCACAGAAUAUGCCACAGAAAAGUCCAAAUUUACCAAAUGGGUCAGUGGAAACAAAGACAAUGUCUCCAAAACAAGCUUCAAAAACAUAUUUAUAGCAAUUUGGGUGAUAAAAACAUAACGAAUUUUGUAUAUAUCAAAUUGUAUAAAUUGAAAAUAACAACACGUGUGGCUUGACAAGUGUCUAAAAUUGAACAAGUUUUGUUUUUAUUUUUUAAAAUGGAGAUGUGUUUAAAUAUUCCAAUGGAAGUUACCAGUCGUGAAAUAUUGACAAAUACUUCAGUUGACGAAUAAGACGUUAGAAAUUUCUGGAGUUAUUUGUAAUUUUCCAACGGAGCCUAAUGAAGCUGUGUGUCUGUAGAGAAGGUAAUGAAUUCAAAUACAGUUCUGCAAUAAAAAGCUGAAAAUAAACAUAGCCCUGAAUCAGAGGUAAUUCUGUAGUAACUGAGUGUUCCUGGUGAAAGCUUGAAAUGAAAGGCUUGACAGAAAUGACUGGAAUUGAGUUCAGUAGAGGGUAAGAGGAAGGUGUUCAUCCUAAUCCUUGAAGAAAUGAAUAAUAAAGUUAAGAACUGAGGUAACUUAAGAAGUGAGUAAAAAGAGGAGUGCUAUAGAUGGAGGUAUACAAAAAAUGUAAGCAUUAAAAUUGGAGGUGUAGUUACACUUACCAUGUAAACAAAAAACUUACAAAAUAGUGUAAGACUAACACUAUGUUAAGUGUAGUGUAAGACUAACACUAUGUUAAGUGUAGUGAUGUUUAUAUGAGGUAGAACACAGAUAUAAAAUGACGGUGAAUAAUGUUAUAUUACACUGAUUGUUAUGUAAACAUCAUUGUGGCGAAGCCGCUAUUAUAUUGAAUACUGUAAUGUUCUUGUUUGGUGCACAUUUUGUUUUGAUAUGUUUCGUUAAUGUCAAAUUUUGAGAUGUUCUCGGAAAGGAAAAACAGAAUAAUUACCUUUUUUAAGUCAUUUUUUUGUAUAUUAUCUGAAACAAAUAAAGUGAAGGGGCAUUUUGAUUAUUGAUAUAGGGCAAGUCUACAAAACUGCCAUUUUUGAAAAGAAUUACACAAUUUCUUUUCAAUUAAAUAUGAUUUGGUAUGAAGCCUAAAUAUAGGAGUAUUUGGAAGAAAAGAACAUUAAGGGCCCCUUUUCAACAUAGAAGAAAUAGUACUGGCUUAUAACUUAGAAAUUUUCAUUUUUACAAAUAUUUGAAAUAUGACAUAGAACAGUCAGAAGUUGGAAACUUUUGUGUGUCAAAUUUUGUAUCAAUGUUAAAAAAGAGCUUAUUUGCUUUAUUAUAUGUAAUGUACAAAGUUUGAUAUUACUUGUGCUAUAAAUAGAAUUCACAUGAUCUCACACCACUGUGCUUCUGUUACUAUAACAAUUGUUGUCAUAGUAACUGUUGCCAUGUAAUUGUCCUGUUUCUGUUGAAAGAUUUUCAUUUUUUUUCUUCAUCUGGGAAUCUUGUCAAAUAAAUUUUCCAAAAAAAAUCUGAAUAAAUGAAGGAAAACACGGGAGACAUGGAAAUUGAAAUGUUCAUAUUAAAUUAAUACUUGAUAAGAAAACUUUGGUAUAAUUUUUCUAAAUUUUUAAGUUUCUUUAUAACUAGAAUGAUAAUUAUGUUUGGUUUUAUUGUAUUUUUUAAAUGAAGUACAUAAAUGUUAAAGAAAUAAUAAUAAAAUGAUGAAAGUAUAAGAGAGUGGGAAGUUUCAGCAGUAGUUUGAUAAAGGAGUUUACCCAGAUGUGAUAGAUAAUAUGACUUUAAUCUAUUCGGACAUUGUAUCAUAUACACACAUUACUCAAGUCAUUUUGAAAUCUCAAUUAUCCCCUGCAAAAGUGGUAUAGACUUGCCCUGUUUUUGAAUUCUAGAACUAUUCAUUGUAUAU